ACAAUGACAAUAGUUCACAUUUUUAUUAUUAGAAGGAAUCAUAUUAUUGUUUACAUACGUGAAUAAGUCAUAAUUUUGUUUACAUAGUAGUGUUUUAUGAAAUUUUUACAAAAAAAGAAAUGUAAAACAUUAGUUGUAAUUCAAAUGAACACAAGUACAUAAUUAAUUAGAAUAAUAAAUAAAAGUGUUCACUAUUACAACGGUAUUAUCAUAAAAUCUAAGACACAAAAUUUUAAUUUGAAAAAUUUAACAAAACCCAAGUUUUGUUUUUUUACUAAAAAUAGUAGAGAGAGAGAAAAAAUGGCUAUGGUGUGAGUGGAGGUCUACCUUCCUAGAUUGGCUAUGGCUUGGCCUUUGGAUAAAUGUAAAAUUACAAGAAUGCCACUGUCAUGAAUUGUGCAGAAAAAGACGGUUUGUAAUAAUCGAGACAAGUAGACAAAGCUCAUCGUGGGGUGUUUGCCAAAACAAAUCCAGGUGGCUCUUUGGUAUGGCCGUGAUUUCAGCUCAUUCUGAGACUUUCUUCCUCAUUUCCUUCCAUAUAUCCUAGUCACUCUUUCUCUUCUUUCUCAACCUAAACCCUUGUCCUUUCUGCUAUAAAUAUAGCCACUAAAGCUUCUUCUCUCUCCACACACACACUACACUACACCCCUUUCAUUUCUCAGCUCUCUCUCUUCUUCUUCUAAGCUCUGAAGACCUGAAAAUGGCUACAUUAUACUCAGCUUUGUUUGCAGUUUCUUUGUUGUUUGUAAGUUCAGCCUUUGCAGCAAAAUAUGUGCCUUAUGAAGGACUCUUGGCCAAUGGCAACUUUGAAGAAGAACCAAAUCCAAAAGACAUCAAGAAAACUGUACUCAUUGGAAAAAACUCACUUCCCAAAUGGGAAAUUAAAGGCUUUGUUGAGUACAUCUCUGGAGGGCCUCAACCAGGCGGUAUGUACUUCCCUGUAGCUCAUGGCGUCCACGCAGUUAGACUUGGCAAUGAGGCUUCAGUUUCUCAGACCAUAAAGGUUAAAGCAGGAGCUUUCUAUGCUCUAACUUUUGGUGCUUCAAGAACUUGUGCCCAAGAUGAGGUUUUGAGGGUCUCAGUGCCUUCUCAGAGUGGUGAUCUUCCAUUGCAAACUCUUUAUGACAGUUUUGGUGGUGAUGUUUAUGGAUGGGGAUUCAGAGCCACUUCCAGUGAUGUUACUGUAACAUUCCACAAUCCUGGUGUUCAGGAGGACCCUGCUUGUGGCCCACUCUUGGAUGCUGUUGCUAUUAAGGAGCUUUUGCCUGUUUACCCUACAAGAGAUAAUUUGGUUAGAAAUGCUGACUUUGAGGAAGGACCACACAGACUCUUUAACUCUUCCAAUGGAGUACUCAUCCCUCCUAAACAAGAAGACGCCACAUCCCCACUUCCCGGAUGGAUCAUCGAGUCUCUCAAAGCUGUAAAGUUCAUCGAUUCCAAACACUUCAACGUCCCAUCAGGAAAGUAUGCAGUUGAGCUCGUUGCAGGAAGAGAAAGCGCCAUUGCUCAAGUCAUCAGGACUAUUCCCAACAAGGUCUAUUCUCUCUCUUUCAUUGUUGGUGAUGCCAAGAAUGGCUGCCACGGUUCAAUGAUGGUCGAAGCUUUCGCAGCCAAAGACACAAUCAAAGUUACUCAUGAGUCUCAAGGAAAGGGUGCUUUCAAGACUGGAAUUCUGAAGUUCAAAGCCAUUGGUGACAGAACCAGGAUUACAUUUUUCAGCUCAUAUUACCACACUAAGAAAGAUGACUUUGGUUCACUUUGUGGUCCUGUUCUUGAUAAUGUUAAGGUUGCCCCUGUAGCUUAGAUAGAUAUAAUCUUGUUGAGCAGCUUGCGUAAUAUGAAAUUGUAGAGAUUUUGGAACAUUUUAAGUCCAAAAAAAAGAGUUGUAUAUUAGAUCUUUGAUGAUGGUGAGAGGUUAAAACCAUAUGUGUUCUGCUAUAGUUUUAUGAGUGAAUUUGGUUCUUCCUUCAAACAGUGUUACUUUUAAUGGAAAAAAAAAUUAUGUAUUUGAAUGAAUUAUACAUUGUCCUAAUCCAAAUAUUGGGAUUGAA